CAUGAUUCAUUUGACAGGAAUGGGUUUCACCAGGACUGUUUAUCAGUAUAUUCUCUUAUGUAACAGGAUAUCAAGGGGACGUGGAUAGAAAAGGCAGCAUAUAUAGCACGGGCAGUGUCUUGUUCCUUAUUUUCAAGGCACGUUGUGUUCUGAGAGGUUCGUAUUCAUGGAUUUACAAUGCAUAUGGAUGGUUUUCAUGUGUGCGCUGGCAGUCCAGUGUUCCACAGGUGACAUCUACACAAAGCACAUGAAUAACUUCAUUAGAGUGGUGGAGAUUAUUGAGUCAGAGAACCCUGGAAUCGGGCCUCGAGCUGUGCUGAGGGGUUUGCGUAAAGCUGCUGGCAUUGACACUCCGUUUAUCCAGCAUUAUCUCGGUCCCCUCAGUGACACAGAGAGUCUUGUACUAAAGUCAACACUCACUGAGUACAUCUCCAGUGUUCUUAAACACCAGGUGGUGCAGGAUGUGGAGGAAGGUGUAGUACUUACAGCAGAUGGAACCACUGUGGCUCUAACUCCUCUUCUGCUGGGCCUUGAGGCCGGUCUGAAGUCCACCUCCUGGCCACGUGUGCCUGGUCUCUACCGUCUUUCCCUUACCAAGAACCUAGUUCUCUCAUUCCUUCAGUAUUCCCAGACUGAACCUUCCACCUCAUCACGUCUAGGUCCUGACGGAUGUUGGGACGAUGUGACCCAUCCUCAGGUCUUCACUCUUUCUGGUGUGGCCUCCUUGGCUACAGAUGCUCUAAUAAAUGGAGGCAUGGAUGGAGUGAUUUUAGGGAAGCAUAUUGCUAAACCUAACAAACACCUGCAAACAUUGAGCAGCCUUCUGAGACAGUACUACACCCAUCAACUGGACAGCGCAGGGCUCGAUGCUGCACCUACCCUCAUCAGCCAGCUUCGCAGAAGCAGCUUCAGGAAGCUAGUCAACUUUGCGUCACUGAAAAAGCACCUCACUAGGUCUCUGAGUAUAUAUCAAAAAUUGGAUCAAUAUCAGAAGAAAAACAAACAAAAGGUGGAGAUCGAUGAAGGGCUGAAAGAAUUUGUCCACAGUUACAUAGACUGUCCAGCCAUCAUUCCACGUUGCAUGUGGGGAGCUCAGCCUUACCGCGGCACUCCUACUCUGUUGUCCCUACCUUUAUCUUUCCUAUAUAUCCAUCACACUUAUGAGCCAUCCCAGCCAUGUCUGUCCUUCCAGCAGUGCUCCCAAGACAUGAGGGCUAUGCAGCGCUUCCAUCAGGAUGACCGUGGCUGGGAUGACAUUGGAUACAGCUUCGUGGCUGGUUCUGACGGCUACUUGUACGAAGGGCGUGGCUGGCUCUGGCAAGGUGCCCACACCAAAGGCCACAACUCUAAAGGUUAUGGUGUCUCCUUCAUUGGAGACUACAUGUCCAGCAUCCCAUCCCAACGCACCAUGGAUUUAGUGAGGAACCAGCUGACAAAGUAUGCCACAAAGGGAGGGAGGCUGGUGUCAAACUUCAUCAUACAUGGCCACAGACAGCUAGUGAACACUAGCUGUCCUGGAGAUGCCCUUUACAGUGAAAUCAAUGGAUGGAAGCACUUUGGGGAAGUUAAGCAGUAAAGAGGACAUGAAAUGUCUUAAGACCAUGGCAUUUUGCAGAAUAAACAGAAUAAAUCUGCACAAUAAAUAUGCCUCAAAUACACAA